AUGGAGGGUGAUGGGUCGCAGCCCACCCAAGCUACCCAAAAUGUCCUUGACCCACGGCGCGUAGGCAAGCAGAACUCGGGAUUCUCAGACGAGGACAUCUCCGACAUCAUCUGCCUUCUCUAUCCCCACUCCGACUUCGCCCGCCGCGAGGUUCACCGUAUCGCCCGCGACCACUCGCAGCAUGUUGUUGGAAGGGAGGAGGCAGACGCCGUGGAGCCGGACUACGAGCAGGAGGAUAGGGCCGACCAGUUCCAACUAACGCCGCCUAAUAUCGAUCAUGCCAUCAUAUUGCGGCUCUCGGCCCAGACGAAGGACCCUCUCCACGGGUUUCUUUUCGGCCGCAAUGUCUCGCGCUGCGAUAUCUGCUUCGCAAACGACCCCAUGAAGCGCCUCAGCAACAUCCAUUUCCGCAUCUACGUUAAUGAGUAUGGGGUCGUCAUGCUCGAGGACCAGUCCACCAAUGGCACCUUUGUCGAUGGCACAUUGCUGCGCGCCAAGCCAAAGACGGCGAACGACAAGUGCGAUACGAGGAGGGUAUUGAGCCACGGUUCGCGGAUCAAGGUACUCAUGCAUGCCGAGAAGCACGACCUCGAAUUUCUGGUUAGGAUACCCAAACGGGUGGGCGAAUAUGAUAGGGCGUAUACCUCCAAGUUGGAACACUACUUUGCGGGCUUGGAAGAACUCCGCAACAAGCAGAACGAGACCAUCACCCCUGGUCCUGGGGGUCAUGUCGAUUUGUUCCCUCCAAACAGAAGACCCCAGCAAGCCACGACGCGAAGGAUAGCGCUGCCAUCCGGCACGACACAAGACAAUACAGAUCGGUUUCCGAGGGAAUGGGAUGGGUCUGGCAGGUAUAACCGUAUUGGUCAAAUUGGCAAAGGCGCAUUCGCCGUGGUUUACAAAGUGACGUCCAAGUUUGACGGAAACCCAUACGCUGCUAAGGAACUUGAGAAACGACGAUUUAUUAAGAACGGCAUCCUAGAUCAAAAGGUGGAAAAUGAGAUGAAGAUCAUGAAGAAGGUGCAGCAUCCCAACGUUGUGCGAUACAUAGAGCACUUUGACUGGGACAACCGGCUGCUCAUAAUUAUCAUGGAAUAUGUCGGCAAUGGUGAUCUCGGAAAGCUCAUUAGCAACAGGGGCCCCCUGCAAGAGCCAUCAGUGCAGCAGAUGGCUGCACAACUCCUAAGUGCUUUGGCUUAUUUGCACGAGAACCACAUUACCCACCGAGAUGUCAAACCCGACAACAUUUUGAUCCAGUCCCUCAGCCCUUUCGAUGUGAAGUUGACAGAUUUUGGUCUGUCAAAAAUGGUGGAUAACGAGCAGACCUUCCUUCGAACCUUUUGCGGUACACUGCUUUACUGUGCCCCAGAAGUGUAUUCUGAGUACGCCGAGUAUGACGACCAAGGUCGUCGAAACCCGCGCAAUAGAGUCAAGCGCGCUGCAGUCGGGCAACGAUAUGACCAUGCCGUCGAUGUCUGGUCCCUGGGCGGAGUACUUUUCUACGCCCUCACUGGCAGCCCGCCAUAUCCUGUUAGAAAUGGUGUAAGCUACUCAGAGUUGCUGCACACUAUCAUGACGCAACAGCUUAACACCGUGCCCCUUGUGAGAGCCAACGUCUCCCAGCAGGGCAUCGAAUUCCUGCGUCUCAUGUUGGAGAAGCGGCCCGAAAGUCGUGCGACGGUGCGAGAUUUGCAGUAUCAUCCCUGGCUGGGGGUUCAUAGACUCAGGCCACAACCAAGCGGCGAGCAGUCAUUUGACGAGAUCACUGACGAGGACGAAGAGCUGCAGAUCAACGCCUCCCAGCUCAGUCUUGAUGAAGGCCAAUCCCGUCAGACCGAGCCGUCAUUCGAAGAAGUAGUAGAUGAUGACUUUGUUGAUGAUUUCAUCGAAGAAGAUUCAGAAAAGGAGAAUGGGACCUUUGGCCCCCCCGGGCAUGGAGCAAGGCUGUUUGGAGAAGUCAACGUUUCAGCUGUUGGGAGUUCUGGGGCAAUACCAGAAGACAGGCUCAACCUGCCCAUCGCCGAUUCAGGCGUCUUGGGUGAUGAGAGCUUAGAGACAGAGAUCCGGGAUAGCUACGACUCAGGGGAUGUGUCGACGAUUAUUGGAAAGAAGUCGCGAAGCAGCGGGGCACGAGUGUCUGUUUCCGGCGCGGACGGUCAGUCGGCGGAUCAGCUGCAGAGCCUAGUUUUGAACGUCGCAUCCCAAAGCCUUGGCGCGACAGAGUAUGAUUUCCAGAUGAAGUCGGCAGCAACCUCACAUGUUGCUGAUGGCACUUUCUACACCGCCAGCAAACGAAAGCCACCAUCAGUGGACACAAGCGACGAGUUCGAGCCACAGCCUCGGGAAAAGCCAGUUUUUAAACGGCUCAAGUCGGAGGGAAAUCUCGACACGUUGGCGGAGGAGGAGAUGGAACAGUACAAACUCAUUGCUUCUGUGCCACAAAUCAAGAGGCUGGAAUCGGGACGUCAAAUCGAUAAGCCUUUCCACAAAAUGAGCUUCUGGGGAGGCGACUCGAAGACGUGGCAUCUUCGGUACCCGGAGAUGACACAACUCCAGUAUGACAUGUUUAAACAAGCUGCCCAGUUACGGGGCGAGGUAUUCGAGCCUGGCAAGUCUCCGUUGUGGGAGCUAGCAUUCAGGCACUUUCCGCCCAGCAAUGGUUUGCCUGCCCUACACACCAAUGAACAGUCAAGUAUCAACGACACAAAGACGAUGCUGAAAAGAGACGACAGGAAAGUACUGGACGAUAUCGAGUGGGACAUUCCUGCCACUGCUCCCGUACUCGACGAAGAUUCGCUGCCAGAUACAUUGCCACCAGAAACGCAGAGGAUCGUUGUUCCGGUCCUCCAAGAUGAGGGUACAAAGCGCGCAGUUGCUGUUCUAGAGUCAUCUCCCGGAUCAGUGGUAGAGGGAAUCUCUGUCCCGAUCACUGGCCUGCUGAUGUCUUGGGGCCGAGGCCCGGAGAACACCAAGGUAUAUGAGACAAAAACGGAGAUUAGGGUGCCCAAGUACGCGACUAAGAUUGUCCUGUGGAAGGAGGGCUUCGACCCGAACAAAUGGCGAAAGGGUCUUCCGUGGGAUAAGGACGAAAAAGGCGAGGGAUAUGCCUUUUACCUCUCAACAAAGGCAACCAAUGGUGUACUGCUUAACGGUCACGCCCUCCCUUCUCACGAUUGCAAGGACCCUACAAGCCCUUCCCGCAACUGGAUUCCCAUCUAUGACGGUGAUGAGAUCGUGGUCUGGGGAACUCCCGCCGAUACGAGUAAAACCAAGGUCACCUUCCGCUGCUUCUGGGGCGACUCAUCCAGGCCUCGUCCGGCGGAAGUCCCGCUCCAGCGUGUCUCGUCUCCGACGGCGCGCAAGAUCGAUGAUGUCUCCGCCAAAGCGGACAGGCGCAUACGACAGGCAGCGGAGCAGCGCAAGUUGAUGGACGCGGCUGCCAAGGAGUACGAUGAGCGCGAGCAAAACAUUGAGAGGGAGCGUGAGCGUAGUCGCAUCUUCGAGGAGAAACGUCUCGAGGCGCUGAGGUUCGUGACGCUCAGAAACGCUUCCAGGCGCGGGUCGCCGGCCAGCGCUCCGGCUACCACUGCCCUGAGAGGCCAGACCCCCAAUCUAGGUGUGCCGUCGCCGUUGCAAGACUCCCAGAGCCCCCCGACGUAG